AUGGCACCGACAGAGGAGUCCAUCCUAAGCAACUUCCUGCUUUCGCCAGCCCCGCUGCCGACGGUGAUGUCGCUACAGAAGUUCACAGAACUCUUCCCAAAGCGCCUGCGGAACCAUCCGCAUAUCAGGACAUUGUACCGGGAGCUACAGCAAGUCCGCGAACAGGACAUGGACAGAGUCAAUGAAAACAUCGACAAUGAGAUCAAGCAAGGCGACAAGCAGAGAACAGAGUUGCUUAAAGCCGCUCUUGCCACUGGAGUCGAGGCCUCGAAUAGCGAUGAGCAGCGCGAGGUCGACAUGGAUCUCCAUCUGUUUGGUGAGGCACAGACUGCCGCACCGGAAGAUUAUCAUUCGGUGGCUAGUUUACUAGCUGCAAUGGAGACUGCCAGUACCAACAUUGAGCAUGAGAUUUCUGCCAUUGACCAAGAGGCUGCGGGUAUCUUGGCUCAGCUUAAUACGACUGUUGGGAAUAUGAGUGACCUCCGCUAUGGUAAAUUGCAGGGUCCGGCUGGGACUGCUGAUGAUAUAGCCAAUGAAGCUAUCAAGGGUUUGCAGAAUCUGGAGGAUUCUUGCUAUAAGAGUAGCAUGUCUUGA